GACAAGUCCAGAUUUAGUAUUUAAUCACACUGAUUUUUUUUUCUCUCUCUAUUUUCUUAAGAGUGCAAGAGAGAGAUUUCAUGAACAUGACUGGGGAGGCACCAGCGUCCAAUACCACUCAGCAUGAAAUUGCACAGACCAUACUGACUACAGUGUAUUCAGUAGCCUUUAUUGGAGGUGUGACUGGAGUCCUUGCAAUGUCAUUUUUUCUAGUUAAAAUGAACACUCUGUCAGUGACCACCACUGCAAUCGUGAACCUGGUCGUGGUGCACAGCCUCCUCCUCCUAACGGUGCCAUUUCGGCUUCAUUACUAUAUUAAUGGGCAGUGGGUUUUUGGACUGCCCUUUUGCAAAGCAGUGAGCGCUACACUUCACAUCCACAUGUACCUGACUUUUCUGUUCUACAUUGUCACCCUGGUUAUUAGGUGGCUCAUCUUCUUCCAGUGGAAGGACAAGGUGGAGUUCUACAGGAAGCUUCAUGCAGUGGGGGCCAGUGCUGCCGUGUGGACUGUAGUCUCUCUCAUUGUGGUGCCUGUGUUUUGUUUUCAAUAUGGGACCUCUGGAACAUAUAAUAAUACCACAUGUUUUAAUUUCCAAGAAGAACUAAAGCAAGACAGUGUGAAAAUACUGAACUACAUCAUGAUCAUAAGUGUAUUCUGCAUCACUUGUAUCCUCUUGGCCUUGCAAAUCUUCAUCAUUCUCAGGGUGGUGAAAAGGCUUUCAGGCUCUAUCUGCUCACAUCAAGAAUUCUGGGCUCAGAUAAAAAGCUUGAUUUUCCUAACUGUCAUAAUCAUUUGUUUCCUUCCAUAUCAUCUUUUUAGAAUCUACUACAUUCAGCAUAUGAAUGAGAAUAAUCAAUUACUGAAGUACAAUGAAAUCACCUUAAGUAUAACAGCUAUCAGCUGUCUUGAUUUAUUGGCAUUUGUGCUAAGUGGAAGCCGUUUCCUUAAGCAAAAGGUUAUGGUGCUCCGAAACAAGUUUACCUGCUGUUAGCUUCACUCUUCCUUCACAACCUGUCUUCCAUACUGUUGGGUGAGAGGAAGGCUCAUGCGCUUUGUCUGUAUUUUUUUAAAUCAAGGCUGUCCAAAAUCUGAAGAGCUGCAGGCCCCCUGGGUCACACACCAUUCAGGCUGCAUGGAUUCCCUUGGACGUCCCCACUUCCAGCCCACUGUGUGGGCUGUGCUGAUUCCCAGCCCCUCUCUGCCUGCCCAACCCAGCACCUGGACUCCCUGGAUGCACAGAUUACAUGGAUUCCCCAGGCUCCUCCUGUCCUCAGGGGCAAGGGCAGGAAGCAGAAACUGGAGGAAGAGAGGGGA